GGUAACGUUGAAACAGGUGGGUGUGACCUUCGUCCCACGCGCGUGACCUUCGACCCGCCUGGAGCAAUAUGGCGUCCUUGACGAUUGCGGAAGUGAACAAACUCGACUCCGAAGAGUUUCUGGAGGUUUUCGGGAACGUGGUGGAGAACUGUAAGCUCGCUGCCGCCGCCGUGUGGUCCCACAGGCCGUUCCGAGGUGUCGAUCACCUGAAUCAGACGAUAGCGGAGUUUUUAGACGCCUUACCUCAGAAAGGUAAGGAGGGUGUUCUCCGGUGCCACCCUGACCUGGCGGGCCGGCUGGCGCAGGCUGGGCAGCUCACCGCCGAGUCCACACAGGAGCAGCGGUCUGCCGGGCUGGACAGUCUCAGUCAGGACGAGCUCAGCACACUCACCCACCUCAACCAACAGUACAAGGUGAAGUUCGGCUUCCCGUUCGUCAUCUGUGCGCGGCUGAACAAGAAGGACGCCAUCCUGUCCGGAUUGACGGAGCGAGUGAAGCACUCGGCGGAGGAGGAGACCCUGGCCGGGGUGGAGGAGGUGAAGAAGAUCUGCCGGCUCAGGGUGGCGGAUAUCGUCACGUCAGAGGCCAAGUUGUAGUUCUCCUGCUUCUCCAGUCUCACAGCAGAUCUUUUGGUAACCGAGACCAAGGA